AUCCACACGAUGACGUCGAACAUCGCUUAUCAACCGACUGCCGAGGUGGCCGACCUCAAGGCCUUGUACGUUGGUCGUAUGUUGCAAGAUGUUGACGGCCCCAAACCAGUUAUCGACCGUGAGGUGGCACGCCGGAACUGCCAGGUGAUGCUUGAUGCGGCCCUCGCUUUGAACGUGGAAUUCAGGGCGCAUGUCAAGACACAUAAGGUGCCGUUACAUCCCCAUUCACCCCCUAUUUUUGUCUAAUAUAGGUGUAUAUUCAAUCAUGACACAUGUGUGUAUAUGACGGUGAAGCAUACAUACGUAUACCAGCAAUCAGUAUAGUGGGGGCCGUUUCCGUGACGUCCAACUGACUGACAUGCUGAUAGACAACCGAACUCACCCGCUUCCAAGUUGGUGAGAGGUCAGAUACGGUACGGCUGGUGGCAUCCACCUUGGUAGAAGCUGAGCAGCUGGUUCCGUUCAUGAAAGAAUGUCAAACAAAAGGGCGGAAAGUAGAUUUAAUCUACGGUCUUCCCGUUCAGCCGUCAUGCUUCCCUCGCUUAGCUGAACUGGGCAAGGCGCUCGGCCAUGGAGCAGUGACAUGUCUGGUGGACAGUGUUGACAUCGUCCCGUUUCUGUCCCGCUACCAUGCCCUAUGUGGGAAGAGGUUGGGCGUCUUCAUUAAGCUGGAUACCGGCUACGGUCGCGCUGGCGUGACUUACAGCAGUGCCCAAUUCAAUGCUAUUGUCAGUGAACUCUACGCCCUAGAAGGCAAGGAGCCGCAUCUUUUCACCCUUCGCGGCUUCUACUCCCACAUGGGGCACAGCUAUGGCUCCAACAACCCAUCAGAGGCAAUGGACUACCUUCGCACUGAGAUAGAAGGAUGCAAACUGGCUGCAGAUCGUGCUUCAGCUAUCCCACCGCCUACCCCUUUUGACGGGGAGACAAAUUACUCUCAACGACGCUUCGUUCUCUCCGUCGGCGCAACGCCUAGCACAACCGCAGCACAAAACCUGACGGGACACGAGACCCUUUCUCUUCCAGGAGCAGACAAGGCCAAGGAUCUUAUCGACCAGACCAAGCAGAAGUAUGACAUUGAACUGCACGCGGGUGCGUACGUGACGUUGGACAUGCAGCAGUUAGCCGCCCGUGCGCGGCCGAACACCUCACAUCUAUCAUUCGAUGACCUGGCGCUUACUGUUCUUGCGGAAGUGGGAUCAUUGUAUAUGCACCGCGAACACCCGGAAGCACUUGUGGCAUGUGGUUCACUGGCUAUAGGACGGGAACCGUGCCGUAGCUACAAGGGUUGGGGUGUAGUUACACCCUGGCGUGAGCAGCAGCAAGCUAAUGACGCAGCACCAGCAGCGGAUGAAAGAGUCGGCUUUUAUAAUCCAGAUGGAGACAAAACGGGAUGGAUACUGGAUCGUGUAAGCCAGGAGCACGGAAUUUUGCGCUGGCAUGGAUCACGACAGAACAUGCGGCCUUUGCGAAUUGGUGAGAAACUGCGCAUUUGGCCGAAUCAUUGUUGCAUUUGCCUUGCAGGGUUCACUUAUGUGCUUGUUGUUGAUUCGACAGCCCAGGGAAGCGAGAAGGAUCGCAUAGUUGAUGUUUGGCAGAGCUGGAGAGGGUGGUAGAUGAGACUCCCGGACAUACGUGUGUAGGUUGUAUGUAUGUAUAUGCAAGCUAUUAUUAUAUAGACUGGGGGCUUUUCGUACCGCAUUUAAAUCCCGCGCUCUAUAUCUAAGAUGUGGCGACGGCAAGGUGCAUAAAAACUACAGGAGCAAUAUAAGAUUAGCUAUCAAUAUAACUACUUUUAUUGUCUUUCUUUGAAUAAAGGAAACAUAAUUGAACCGACUACCUGCUGUGACUCGUUACACAUGAUUGACUCAGUUGGCUGUCGUCAUAUUGCUGUCAUUCCAACCCUAAUCAAGGAAGCUCGCAGCAGAAACAAUGUCAAAAAGAAGUGACUCCAGUCGUUCAAACUCCAAACGCUAACUAUGCAUGUUGUGCUGCGCUGCGCUACGCUGAGGGUUAAAUAAAAAGUUUCCAAAUAAUAAGAAUCAAGAAUGAAGAACCAAGAUACAGCAAAAGCAAGUCCGUGCGAGUGGUAAGAAAUAAGCA